UCAGGAAGAGGAGGGACGUAAGAAGCAGCAGAGCCAUCAAGGGAAUGGAGCAGGAGUUCCACAGCAGGAUGGUUCAUGGAUGAAUAUUGCUUUUACCCACUCGCAAGUGUCCAGAGCCUCUGCUGAGGGGGAGAGCCAUCUUCAGGCACCAAGGAAAAAGGUGACAAGCAGGAGAGUGGACCAGAAGAACCCUCUGUUUGAGGACUUUAAGGGAACUUUGAUAGAUCAAGACCCCACAGAUGCUAAAUCUCAUCAACAUUCCGUGAAGAAUCAGAGAGCUUUUGUUUACCAGCCCAGCUCAACAGAACAUGCUCAAGGAGAUCCACCACCACUGGCUAAGCUGGCCAUAGCACCAGCUGAAAAAAGAGAGGCGUGUGACAACUCAGAGGCUCCGUCUGAGAUCAAAAGUCCGAGGCGGAUGCAGCCCCUUGCCAAGAGCACACAAACUGAAGAAUCCGCUCCAAACCAGACCCAGCCGCCCUGCUUCCCAGAUGGCAGAGGGAACAAGAACAGCUUUGGGCUUGAGAAGAGGAACUCUCCCCCUCCACUGGGAGGAGCAGGAAGGAAGUGGGCAGAGGGCUCUGAAGUGGAGCGUGAAGAGGAACUGAAAGAGCUUGGUUGGAUUAACUAUGGGUUCACUACGGAGCCAGUGUAUAGAAAGCUUGAUUGUCCCGUGGAGGAAGGAGUUAAAGUGAGGACUGUAACAGAUGUUAGUUAUAAAGAUGACCCCCGCAUGUACUGCUUUGACUAUGGGAACAGACAUUAUUACCAGCCUAAGAAAGAUCAUGAGCAAGCCUACAUAAUGAAGCUGGGAGAAAGCUCUGAGAAGGUGAUUCAGCAAAACCUGAGGGAAUUCUUUGGCCUGCUGAGGAUCUUGGUGAACGUGGUCCUCAUCUUCCUUAUUGAGCUGGUCCGCUUUCUCGGCAAGUCCGUGUUCCAGGUCUUGGUGGUGGGCCUGCUGACAACAGCAGGCGAUCACAUUCUUAAGCCCUUCUUGGUCGCCGUGUUUAACAGCCUCCUGCAGCCCCUGCUGCUAUUCCUGUUGAAUGUCCUUUGCAGUGUCCGGAACCUGACUUACCCUCUCAUCGACAUCCUGAAAGGCAUUUGUUUGCAGCUGGCUGUGGUGCUUCAAGCCUUCAGAUUAGUAGAAGUCAACAUACAGUCAGAGACCCCAUUAGCUCAGAAGGUUUAGGCAGGAGACCAAAAUCCCUUUGACAGGCAAUGAGACCAGAUUCACUCUUUGGAUGCUCCUGGACGUCUUUCCAGGUGCACUGUCCCGCUGGCAGCUUGCCAGCAGCCUGAGCCAACACGCAGCAGAGUGGAGCAGAA